AUGAUAGAUAUGGAGAUUAUACACUCUUUUUAAUGUUUAAUCUCUUUCCAACAAUCAGAUCAAUACUCAAAUUAAGCAAGGUUGUAAUUCACAUAAAAUAAAAUAAACCUACUUUUGAAUACACAAUGCUAUGAAAUAGAUAUAUCCUUAAAACUAAUGUUAAAGUGGAAAUGUCAGGAGAACAAACUGAUCUCAUUGCAUUUUCAAUAAAUUAAUAUUUAGGCUGGAAAUGAGGACCUUCUUAUUCUUAAGAAACAUUUGGAUUGCAAAGCAACGUAUGUCGGUAUUCGAGAAAUUUAUGAUAAUGUUAUAAUUAUAUAACAAUCAGGAAUAGCUAAAACAUGCACACUUAAGAGUAAAUUGGAUGAGAAAAUGUACUUUUGUAAGUGUUAUAAAAAAUAACAAGUUGAAAAGUAUAAAAUCUACGAGCAAUUAUUUAUUUUGCGUAAAUUAGUCGAUUUCAAGAAUGUUGCUCGGAUAAUAGAUUUCUUCGAGUCAUCUAAUUCAUAUUAUUUGAUUUUUGAAGAGAUGAGUAGGGUACAUUACCAUGGUUUGAGUCAUGAAGACAUAUAAUCGAUGAUGUUUGAUAUUUUAUGCUGUAUUAAAGUGUUAAUAUCGAAUAGGAUUUUUCAUUCGCAAAUAACUUUAUAGAAUAUUUUGAUAGACAAAGAGUAAAAUUGCAGACUCAUUGGAUUUGAUCAUGCAGAGUAGCUAACCGAAGAGAAUGCUAUCUUAAAUUCCUUGAUGUUGAAUAUGGCUGGGAAUGCCAUGAUCAAAUUAUAUCAGUACAAUUCUGUAAGUAAGGAUUCAAUGUCGAUUCCUGAUUAUGGGAACUCUCUUGUGUAGGGUUUGAUACAGACUAAAUUGGAUCAAUAGAUCAAUAUUGAGUAAGCUUUGAGUCAUGAAUACUUUGAAUAUUUUGAUUACAAUUCCAGUCCAAUGAAGCAAUAGCAGAUUGUCCCAAAAUUGAAAUCAUUCAUAACUCAGCAAUCUCUUUCAUCGUAAAUUGAUAGUAACAUUUGA